AUGGAGAAAGUGAAAGACGCGACACAAAGUCUAUGUAUUGGGUCGGUCCUUAUCGCAACCGUGACAUUUGGUGCAGCUUUUGCCAUGCCUGGAGGUUAUAGAGCUGAUGAUCACACUAAUGGAGGCACACCAACACUCGCUGGAAGGUAUGGUUUUGAUAAUUUCUCUCAUGUCUUCUGGAUCACGAAUACGACAUCCUCGGAGCCGGAUAGAGCACUUACGCAUUGCCUACUACCUCAUGUCGGUUUCAGUUACAAGCUUGGUUGCUGCCUUUGCACUGGCUACGUAUACCAUACUAGCUCCACUUGCUCAUAA